GGAAGUGAAACAAAGGGGUGUGCAAUGUUGUUCGUGUCAAGUGCGUGAAACAGUCGGGAAUGACAGGUUGAUGUGUUUUGCAAAAUCAUACGAUAAUUUUUCCAUUAAUCCCAUUUUUCCUGCAAAAAUCUCCACAAUGGUGCAAUAAAAGUGCCCCCAGGGAUCCGCAAAGACCCCCGCAUUGUGCCGCUGAAGGAAAUUUCCGGAAAAUUGUGUCUUCUAUUGGUUUAAUCUGGGAUUGAAUGUAAACUGUCCGCGGUGGCACCUUCUUUAUCGCGCAAACACCUCAUUUUUUAUCGCAAAUGUUUAGGUAUUCGCGGUGAAGAGAAUAACUGGUGCAAGUGCGAACCUUACGUGGGUGGAAAAUUGAAAUCCGCCGUGGACAGCCGGCGCUGGAGGGUGUGCCCAGAGUGUGAAAUGUUGUGAAAGUUUUCGCUAAAAAAAACGCAACAUUCUGUGAAAUUUUUGGGAGUGCUUGAUUGUCCGGGAAUCUGGAGGAUUUCGUGGGUAGGAUGUUUGCAUCGCUGAAGAAUAAGAUUAAGGAGGAGACGGGCACGGAAGUGCCGAAUUUACCACGACCACCAGGAAGGCGAUACCAGCGUGGAAGAUUGGAUUCGUUCAACAGUAUGACCUCCAUUGAUGAUUUGUCACUCAUUGAGCAGAAAGACGCCGAAAUUGCAGCUCUACGGCUGCAGUGCAAUGACAUGGAGGGGAAAUGCGAUGAGCUGACAAAGAAGGUGGAGGCGACGAAUGAGGAAAAGGAUCGACUGGAGAAGGCUAAUGCCCUCCUCGAGGAAUCCGUACGUGUGUGUCAGGUGCAGAAGGAUCUAAUUUGCGAGGAGCAGGAUAAAAUUCAAAAUCUCCAACUUGAGGAGAUCUCAAAGCUCAAGAAUUUGGUGAUGUUCCGCGAUCAGGAGGCUGUAGAUCGUCUUCAGGCACUCAAGCAGACGCAACAGCAACUGGAUCAGUGUCGUAGUGAAUUGGCGCGUCUUCAGGAGCUCGAACCAAUGCUCGAGGAUGCCAAGGAUGAGGUUGAACGCUUGAGACAUUCCACGCAAAUUGAGAAGAACACACUGACGACCACAUUGGCGGCAGUUGAGGAGGAAAAUCGCCAUUUGAAGAGUCGUCUUGAGAUCUAUGAGGAAUCUCGAUCGAUUCUCACCACGUCGGCCGAUGAGAAAGUCAAAUCGUUGCUGCAGGAAAGGAAAAUGCUGGAGCAGCGUCUCGAGGAGGCGCACCUCCAUCUGUCGGACAUUAAGAGUUCAUGGAGUGGGCAGAAUUUAGCGUUGGAGACCCAAGUUAGUCGCCUAUCCCGUCAAGUUGCCGAAGAGACCACGGAGAAGAGGAAGGCUCUGCAGGAUCGUGAUGAUUUUCAGGAGACAAUCAAAAGGCUCGAGUUUGAGGUGGAAAAGUGCCACGAAGAAAUUCGACAGAGAGACAAUAAAAUAAAACUCCUGAGUGAGGAAAUUGAUGACCUCAGCUCAACCCUGAGGGAGACACGACUCGAAAAUGAGGAAGAUGUGGCUUUUUUGCGUAGCAAGGCCGAAAAAUGCGCAGAGGAAAAUGAGGAGCUGAAGAGGCGACUUAAUGAGGCAGAAAUGCGAUUGUCGGAACAAGAGGAGGCCCAUGGGCGUACUGAGGCGCAACUUCGGGAUGAAAUUGGGGGAUUGAGUGAGAAAAUUCGUGAAUUGUCCGUGGCAUUGGAGCAGGAGAAGGCGGAGAAUGCGAAGAUUGCGCUGAAGAAUGCGGAAAUUUCACAGAGCGAAGAGAUUCUCAAGCAGAGUCUGCGUGAGGAACAGGAUGAAAUUUCUGAGAUGGGAGAGAAGAUGACAAAGCUACGGGCGGAAUUGAAAGAAAGGAAUUCCAGGGAAGCUAGCUUAGAGGAACAAAUUCAGCAAUUGCAGUCAAUUCUCGAUGGGGAAACGGACAAAUUGGCGAGGAUUGAUCAACUGAGUACGGAGCUGAGUGAGAAGAACAAAACAAUAAAGCAACUAAAUCAACGUCUUGGUGACAUGAAGAAGACACUGCAGCAGGAGAUAAAGAGCAACAACAACGUCACGGGGACAUCGUCGUCGAAUCACAUUCAACCCCCAUUGCCAGUGGAUAAGAUGAUGCCAACAGUGACGGAGAAGCUUGGGGAUGGGGCUGUUGUGAUGGAUGAGGUGAACUUUAAGUAUCUCAAGCAUGUCAUCUUUAAGUUCCUCACAAGCCGCGAAGUUGAGGCGCGACACCUCAUAAAGGCUGUGGCAACACUACUUCAUCUCACGAGCGAAGAGGAGCGCGUCCUGCAUGAGACGCUCGAUUGGAAGAGUAGCUGGUUCGGUACGCGCAUUGCACCGAGUUAACCAUUGCGCCCAUUGCGUGGUGCAGCAAGUCCUCCAUGCUGAGUGGGAUGAGCUUCACCGCACAACAUGGACAGCACUCAUGCACAGCCGGUUUCCCACGUGAGUUUGCGGAAGAAUUCUUUAUGUUUUUCCUACAAGGAAAUCCUCCUAAUUCACCUAAUAAGUUUUUUUUUGUGAAACAUAAAAAGAAUAUUUAGACGAGAAAACUUUGCGAUUUUAUCGUGGAUUUUUUAGCCACAUUUUCUAAGGCGGUUUCUUGUGAAUCUUCCAAAGGAGAUUCCAUCUGCACCCGCUAAUAAACACGAAAGUCAAUUUUAUCUUCUCCAAAUCUUCGCACCGGAAGAUUUUUUCCCGGAUCAACGAUCAAGCGCUAGUCUCAUAAAAUGCUUCCCAUUAAGCAUUCCCCCCUUGUGAAUUUCCAUGGCUUUACCUUCCCGCCUCCCCUCCCCCUAAACACAUCCCAUUGUUUCACCCUGUAUUUAGUCACCUUUAUUAUAAAAUAAUAUUCCAUUUAAUUUAUAUAAUUGAUUGAUAACAAAAAAAAACAGAGAACAUUUAUUAGAGAGUUUUAUUGAGAGAAAAA